AUGCAAAAGCCAAUGACAAACACUGCGAAAUAUCUGCCAACGGCGGAGGAGUGCGAACGAUAUAUAAAUCUGAGCAUUCGAUGGAACCGGUGGCUCCUGAAACCGAUGGGUGUCUGGCCACAUUCCUCUAAUAAUUCGCGAAUAGAGAAAUGCUUUGACCGACAGAUAAACGUAAUUUGUUUCGGUUUGAUUAGUUUUCUUUUCGUGCCCUGUGGCCUGUACGUGAUGCUGGAAGUGGAGGAUGUCUACAACAAACUGAAACUAUUCGGUCCGUUGAUUUUCUGCAUAAUGGCAUACUUGAAAUACUUUUCGUUGAUCUUCUACGGGACUAACAUUCGCGAGUGCCUCGAUCGCAUCGAGUGGGACUGGAGAAACGUUAAACACUUGGAAGACCGAGACAUUAUGGUAGAAACUGCAAACUCUGGAAGCCGGGUAGUGAAAAUCUGCACAUUUUUCAUGUACAGUGGUUUCGUAUUUUACUAUAUCGCAGUACCGAUUAGCGUUGGGAAGAUCGCAGCAGAGGAUGGAAAUCUAACCUUCGUUCCAAUGGUGUUUCCGUUCUCGAAAUACAUAGCCGACACCCGGCACAGUCCCGCCAACGAGAUCCUCUUUUCGAUUCAAUUUUUAGGGGGCGCACUGAUACACGGAAUCGCGGCAGCCGGUUGCAGUUUGGCCGCUGUUUUUGCCGUGCACGUUUGCGGACAAAUGAAAAUUUUGAUGUGCUGGCUGAAUUAUUUGAUAACCGGCCGCGCAGACAUGGCUAAAACCGUGGAUAGAAGAAUCGCGAACAUCGUGAGUCAACACGUUCGAAUACUGAAAUUUUUAACGCUUAUAGAGAAGGCAAUGACGGGAAUAUCUCUUGUCGAGGUCUCGGGUUGUACGUUGGAUAUGUGUCUCGUUGGAUAUUAUAUUAUCGUGGAAUGGAAUUCGAAAGAUCUAACUGCUGCUAUAACAUACAUCAUAAUACUUAUGUCUCUUACCUUCAAUAUUUUCAUAUUUUGUUAUAUAGGCGAAAUUGUCGCCGAACAGUGUAGAAAAGUUGGCGAAAUGUCCUACAUGAUCGAUUGGUACCGGUUACCAGAAAAUAAAAGACUCGGCUUAGUCUUGAUAAAUAUGAUGUCCAACGCGACGAUGAAGCUUACCGCAGGAAAUCUUAUCAAAUUGUCUCUUAACAGUUUCAGUGUCGUUAUUAAAACGUCGGUUGCUUUCUUAAACAUGCUGCGGACGUUGACUUGA